AUGGACGAAAAAGAAGAAUUACACCUAACCUCGCAGGAAUUACAAGUUUUGUCAGAACUUGACAGUCGUCAGUUCGGGUUUUUAAAGUUGAGAGGCAGUGAACAUGGGAGGACACGGGCCCUUGUGCUUAAAGCUGUUAAAUACUUGGAGGGAAUGUUGGUGCAAGUUAAGGAAGAGGAAAGGGCAUGUUCCCCUGGAGCUCGGAGGGAUAUUUGUAUUGAUCCAAAAACAUAUUGCAAGUUAGGCCACUUCCAUCUGUUACUUGAAGACUAUGCUAAAGCCAUGUCAGCAUAUCAGAAGUUCUAUGCAUUAGAACAAGACAACUGGAAGGAUCCUCUCUUCCUUUAUGGCCUGGGUCUUUGCUAUUAUCAUUAUAAUGCAUUUGAUUGGGCGACGAAGGCGCUGCAGAUGGCGUUGUACGUGUCCCCUGGGUUCACCCGGGCCGCGGACGCUCACCUCCGGCUGGCGCUCAUGUUCAAGGCCCGCCGGCACUGGGCCGCUGCUGCCGUCCACUUCCGAAGGGCGAAGCUAGCGCCGCAUCAGGACGCGACCUUCACACGCCUCGAGCUCAGCUUCCACGCUGCACACCUCCUGGAAGCGAGAGGACUCAGAAAGGCGGCCAGAGAUGCCUACGAGAGAUUACUGAAAGAACCGCAGCUGUCAUCCUCCUUGAAAGCUGAUGUCUGCCGCCAGUUAGGAUGGUUGUACCAUCGUUGCGUGUCUCUGGGCGAGACCGCAGCCCGGGCUCGUGCGGCCGUGUGGUGCCUCCAGCGGGCUGUGAUGGCGGAGCCCGAGUCCGGCGCGGGGCUCUACCUCUUGGGAAGGUGCUUCGCCGCUCAGGGGAAAGUGCACGACGCUUUCGUCGCAUAUAGAAAUUCAGUCGAGAAAUCCGAAGGGAACGCUGAUACUUGGUGCUCUAUAGGAGUACUCUACCAGCAACAGAACCAGCCGAUGGACGCGCUCCAAGCUUAUAUCUGUGCUGUCCAAUUAGAUAAGGGUCAUUCUGCUGCGUGGACCAACUUGGGCAGUUUAUACGAGAGCUGUUCUAUGGCGAGGGAUGCGUUCGCGUGUUACAACAACGGCGGACCAGCUGCCACUAUGGGGAACGCUCCAUUGAGGCAGAGACUCGCCUUCCUCAGGGCACAUCUAGCACAUGCACCGAUGCCAUCAGUUACUGGCAAACGUCGUCCCUUACCUUCGAUUGAGGAGGCCUGGAAUCUUCCUAUAUCAGCUGAGAUGUCGUCACGUGCUCCGAAGGCCGCGCCCCCUCCAUAUCCUGGAGCAGCUGGAGGCAGUUCGGGGGGAACAGCUGCAAGCUCUGGAGGAACCACGGGAACUUCUGGACCUGCAAAGGAACCAGCAUCGCUAAGCCAUCAUCAGCUGCAAACGCUGCAAUACUUACAGAGGAAUUCACAUAACCUGUCACCACAACAACAAGCGCUGAUGCAGCAGCUAUUGUCUCAAUACCGUUUGUCACAAGCGGCGAGAGCUCGCUCGGUUGCGAAGAGUGAAGGCAGCGCGGCCGGGGACAGCGCCGAGUCGCUGGCAGAGGAUCUGUUGAAGAAGUUCACAGACUCACAGCCUGAUAUUAAGAAGGAGCCCGCAGUUAGGAGUCCAUUGAACUCCAGUAACGAAGCUAUGCUCGGCGGCCGACAGCCCGUGGUUAAACUGGAGCCGCUGAAGACGGACCCGCUCAAACCCGUCUCCUUCAACAUCGGCAUGAGCGCUAAGAACAUACUGGACGCAUGCAAAGAGAACGCCGGUCCUCCGUCGUCGUGGUCGGUGCUGGGUCCGGGCGCGCCGCCCCCCGACCCGCCCGGCGUCCCUCCCCCGCGCCUCACCGCCGACCAGCUCGCGCCCCCCGCGCCCUUCGUCUACGUGGAGACCAAACGCGACGCCUUCUCACCGCAGCUUCAAGAUUUCUGCCUCAAACACCCGAUCGCGGUGGUGCGAGGUCUCACCGCCGCUUUGAAACUGGACCUCGGCCUCUUCUCGACCAAGACGCUGGUGGAGGCGUGGCCGGACCACGCGGUUGAGGUCCGCACGCAACUCAUGCAGUCCGCGGACGAGAACUGGGACGCGAGCGGCCGGCGACGGGUGUGGGCGUGUGCCUCACACCGCUCACAUACUACUGUGAGGAAAUACGCGCAGUAUCAGGCGGGGUCGUUCCAGGAGUCGCUGAGGGAGGAGCGUGAGCGUGGCGCGGCGCCCGCACACGCUCAUUCGGCCGGCGCGCUCUCUGAUUCGGACGGGCGCGAGUCUGGUUCCGGCCCCGCCAAACGACGUCGAGCCGCUCGGAUGCUGCGUUUCGGAACCAACGUAGAUCUAUCGGACGAGCGCAAGUGGCGCGCCCAGCUCACAGAGCUGCAGAAGCUACCGGCCUUCGCUCGGGUGGCCUCUGCCGCUAACAUGCUGUCUCACGUGGGACACGUCAUCCUGGGCAUGAACACGGUGCAGCUGUACAUGAAGGUCCCCGGCAGCCGCACGCCCGGACAUCAGGAGAACAACAACUUCUGCUCCAUCAACAUCAACAUCGGUCCCGGAGACUGCGAGUGGUUCGGUGUGCCCGACUCGUACUGGGGCGGCGUCCGCGAGCUGUGUGACCGACACGGCCUGUCCUAUCUCCACGGCUCGUGGUGGCCGGACCCCGAGGAGCUCCGCGCGCACGGCGUGCCCGUGUACCGGUUCACACAGCGGCCCGGCGACCUCGUGUGGGUGAACGCGGGCUGCGUGCACUGGGUGCAGGCCACCGGCUGGUGUAACAACAUCGCCUGGAACGUCGGGCCCCUCACCGCCAGGCAGUACUCGCUCGCUCUCGAGCGCUACGAGUGGAACAAAGUUCAGAACUUCAAGUCGAUAGUCCCCAUGGUGCACCUCACGUGGAACCUGGCCCGCAACAUCCGCGUCUCGGACCCUCGCCUCCACCGCGCCAUGCGCACGUGUCUGCUGCAGACGCUCCGCGCGGCGGCCGGCACACUGCAGACGGUGCGCGCGCGCGGGGUGCCCGUGAGGUUCCACGGCCGAGCAAGAGGCGAGGCGUCCCACUACUGCGGCGCGUGUGAGAGGGAGGUGUGGCACGCGCUGCUGGUCCGCGAGCACGAGCGUCGCCACGUGGUCCACUGCCUGGCGUGUGCGCGCCGGGCGAGCGCUACGCUACAGGGCUUCCUGUGUCUCGAGGAACAUCACAUGGAGGAGUUGGCUCAGGUGUACGAUGCCUUCACCCUGCACCGGCCCGCGCCCGCCGCACCCGCGCCCGCGCCGCCGCCUGCACUCACGCCCGACUGA